UCUCCGAGCGAGACUGGGCAGUGCAACCGCCCCUGACAGGCAGUGGCAUCACCUAGUAGGAAUUCUGGUCCGAAUGGGUUGAUCCAUUCAGCCCAAUUUGGGUCUGUCAAGGGCCCAAUUACCCCCAGAUUAAGUUAAUAGGAUCACCUCAUUCCUAACUUAAUCUACAUACUAACUACGACAAUUCUUAAGACAUUUACUACAGCUUGUUCCAGUGCGUCAAUCGCUUCUUCCGGCGAGCUUCCGACGAACUUCCGACGAACUUCCGACGAACAUCCGACGACCCUCUAGUGAUGCUCCGACGGACUUCUGGCAAACUCCUGGACUCGCGACGAUCCACUUGGCGAGUUCUGACGAGCUUCUUUUGGCAAGCUUCUGGACUUCUCAUAUUUGUUCCCGCAGAACCUUCGACGACCGUCCGGACUUCCGUCGAGCUCUCGAACUCCCAACGUGAUCAUAGUCUUUGACUCUGGCGCAACUCCUGCUGCAUGUCUUUCUUUCAUCGUAGUUAAUCCUGCACACUUAAAACAAAACUUCGAUCAAGACAAUUAAUCCUAAGCAAUUAACUAAAUUGUCUGGCAUGUCAUUAGUCCCUCGAUGCUUCGUCUGAUUCUUCAGCGCAUCGUCCUCUCCUGCUGCCUAUUGCCUAAUCGGCCAGUUGACUUCGCAACUCCGAUAUCCUUGGCACAAUACCCGCUCUUCUUGGCCCGAAGCCUAAGUCCAUAGCCCGAAGCCUUCUAUCGAUACGUCGACCGAUCUAUCGGCCCGACGUCCAAUCUUCUGACAUGUUCCUCGGGCACAACAUGAUUUUUUCUGCUUUAAUUGUCUCAUCUUAAUCGAAGCAUCCUACGUAACUCAAAACGUAGAUUAAAACAUAAACACAUAUUAAGUGGUUUCAUCAUCAAAAUACUAGAUUCAACAAUCUCCCCCUUUUUGAUGAUGACAACCACUUGAUGACGGAAUUAACUUUAACUCCCGGAGUUUAAAAAACUUCCCCUAUCAAUAUGCUAUAUUGAUAGAACCUUGAAUUCAAACUGAAUUCAAGUCAUUGCAAUAUUCAUCAUGAAUACUUGCAACACGUCAUCAUGAACUUAUGCAUAGACUUAUGCAUUAACAUGUCAUGUCAUCAACAUACUUUUCCCCCUUUGUCAUCAACAAAAAAGAGAAGUACAACUAUUCUUUGUGUUUGUAAUAUAAGUUAAACUCAUUGCAUGAAAAAUAUAAUAUUAAAUUUUUAUCAUCAUGUAUAUAGUAAUUUUAUAAUAUUUUAAGCUAGCAAUUUAGAGAUGUUCAAGAAAACAACUCUUGCUUCUUAAAAUAUGCAGGAUAUAUGCCUCUUCAGAUAUUAAGAUCUUCUUUCGAUUAAUAUUUAUUUAAAAAACUCAAUUUAAGGUAAAAAGUACUGAUUUAUAUUUAACCUUUUAUAAAAUUCUUACCAUAUCUAUCUGUCUAUCUAUCAAUUUGAAGUUAAAUGUCCAGUGAGAGUAAUCAAAAGGGCAUAUGUAUGGUUUCAAGUUCUGCACGGGCUUAUCUGUUAAAUACAAAUUCAAAAUAAUUGACUUCUGAGGGGUAUUAUGUAUAUACAUGCAAUUUUCUUUAUAAAUCUAAUCAAACUUCUCUCAUGGAGCAGCGAGUGUCAUUUGAGAUAAAGGUCAGGGGGUAAAGUGAAACUUUCCAUAUAAAAUGUAAGUCCUGCGCGCCCUUUUGUAUCAAAGCCACCCACAUCGUUUGAAUUAAUUUCGUGGAACAUUAAGAACCCUAGUUUUUCCUCCCAAAGAAAUCAUGGCCCCACCGCUUUCGACCGGACUCCGAACCCUGUAUCCAUCCCUAAUCUUUGUUCCUGGCGCCUGGGUCUCCAUGGAUCCCGGCGAGGGGAGGGAGCUCCCGAGCGCCGGCGAGCUCGACGAGGAAACGAUCGCGAGGAAGAAGUCCCGCCGGGUGAGCUUUGCCGACAUCACCGCUAUCCAUGUCUUCGACCGCGACGACGACUGCGAGACUCCGCCGGACUCGAGGCAGGUCUCCGCCGAUGGAGGCGCGGACGUGGGGGUGGUAGGGUUCCACGAGGGUGUCCCUGACGGCUACGGUUCCAAGGGGUCGCUCCGUGGGCGGGAGGAUGAAGACGAUGACGAGAACGAGGAGGACGAUGAGGACGACGGCGAACAGGAGCGGUUGGUGUACGACCUAAAGCCCACCGACUACUUGGACCAGCUGUGCUCGAUGGGCUACAACUCGACUCAGCUUGCCCCUUUCACCGACCCACCCUACGCUUGCCCUAAGCAGAAGAUCGAGGAGCACAACCUGAACUACCCCGUGAUAGCCUCCGCUAUCCUCCUCUCGGCUGCCGGCCGGACAGCGGAAAAGCUGAGCCUCCCGGCGCUGCAGUCCAAGAUGAAGUGCGACCCCGAGGGGUACGAGGCGGAGCUCCAACUUCUCUACCGCCACUUCGAGUCCACCCUCCACCUCUUCCGCUGCCAGUCCGCCCUUAGGCCCUCCUCCGACCUCUCCCUAGCCAAGGAUCUCGGGGACUUGGUCAUGUUCAUCGCCCAUGUCACCCCUUUCUACCCGGAUAAGCUUGCAAACUUCCCUCUACAGGUGGCCGACCUCCUCCGUGUCAAUUCCCGCGCCCUUCCGUCAUCGUUGAGGUGUCAUCUUGUGCAAGCCCUGAUCCUCCUCGUCAAUAGAAAGAUCAUUGAUAUUGAAGAAACUCUCGAAUUGUUUAUGGACCUUCAGAUUCUUGGUGACCGGACCUUAAGAAAACUGGCCUUUUCGCAUGUCGUACAUAACAUUCGACGCAUGAACCAGAAACACAAGAACGAAGCCAAGAAUCGCAAACUGCAGAAUACUCUUUUUUUUAUGCUGCAGGGGGCGGAGGAACAGAGGGCCAAAAGGUCGCUUGUUAUUCUUUGUGAUCUGCAUAGAUGGAGGGUGUGGUUUGAUGACCGUACAGCUAAUGCCAUUUGCACUGCCUGUUUCCAUUCGUCUUCAAGGAUUAUGAUAUCUACUCUCUCAUUUCUUCUUGGUUAUGAACAAAUUGAAGAGGAGGAUGACUGUGAAGCCUCAAGCAGUGAAGACGAUACAACUAGUCAACAGCCUAUUACUCUUAGCCGAGAAGCUAUUUACAAGGCAAAUCAUAAAGGUACGGUUGCCAGCAGGAAAAAAAAGAAGGCAAAGUUGCAGCGUGUGAUACGCAACAUGAAAAGGCAGCAGCGAAUAACAUCACAAAGUAACAGCUCUGGUUACUAUUCACCUAUUACUCAUUUAAAAGAUGCACAGGGUUUCGCUGAGAAACUGUUCUCUCGCCUUCAAAGAUGCAAUGAACGCUUCGAGGAUAGGAUGAUGAUGUUGAAAGUAGUAGCCAGAACUGUUGGAUUGCACCGUCUGAUCUUGUUAAAUUUUUAUCCGUUUCUUCAAAAAUAUGUUCAGCCUCAUCAACGUGAUGUCACUGAUUUGCUUGCUGCAGCUGUCCAGGCCUGCCAUGAUAUGGUACCUCCUGAUGCGGUUGAACCCUUAUUUAAACAAAUUGUGAAUCAAUUUGUGCAUGAUCGUUCUCGCACAGAGGCCAUUGCUGUUGGGCUGAAUGUUGUGAGGGAGAUCUGUAUCAGGAUGCCUUUGUUAAUGAAUGAAGAUCUGCUUCAAGACUUGGUCUUGUACAAAAAAUCACAUGAGAAGGCAGUUUCUUCAGCAGCUCGCUCCUUGAUAACUUUAUUCAAAGAGAUAUGCCCUUCUUUAUUGGUCAAAAAGGACCGUGGCCGUCCGGUCAAUCCCAAAGCAAGGCCAAAAGCAUAUGGAGAAGUUAGUAUAGCUACUGAUGUGCCUGACAUAGAGUUGCUGGAACACGUUGAUAACUCGAUGACUGACAGUUCUGAUGCUGAGGCUUCUGCAUCAGAUUUGGAUGAUGAGUAUGACAGUGAUGCUGAGACAGAGAAAGAGGAUGAUUCUUUGGAAGAUGAAGAAGAGGAUGAUGAGGUUUCAGAUGAAAAAAAUGAAGAAGAUUUAGGUAACAGUGAUAACAUUGAUGGAGAGGAAGAUGAUGGUGAUGAUCUUGAUGAUGAUAUUGAUGAGAAUGCUGCCUAUGAUGAAUAUGAUAGUGAUACUAAAGAAGAUGUGGAUCUUAGUGAUGAUAAUAUGGAUAUCUCCAGUGAGCUAGAUGCAUCAAGGAAAAAGUCUUCUAAUGACAUCUGCAAUGAUGAUGACCUCAGUAAUCAUGAAUGCGCUUGUGAUGACAACGAUGAAAUAAAGGAAGAGGAGAAGGCCAAAUCAAAGAAGAGGAAGUUUGCGGAUUAUGUUGGACAACUGAAUACUUCAGAAUCAAGUCUUCGCACCCUUAAAAGACUAACAAUGGCCAAGAUGUCACAGAAAGCAUCAGAUGAAACAGAUGGAAUUCUUUCUAAUGAAGAUUUUCAACGUAUAAAAGAGUUGAAGGCAAAGAAAGAAGCAAAGCUGGUUAUGGCUCAGCAAGGUCUUUUGAGAAAGGGUAUAGACUCGAAAGUCUCAUCUUUCAAAAUUCCCUCUUCUGAGCAAUUAAGUAUAAAGCCAGUGGAUCCUGCUAUGCUAGAGGUCCACAUUAAAAGAAAGCUUAGCAAGGAGGAACGACUGACCCUAGUAAGAGCUGGGAGGGAGGAUAGAGGAAAGUAUCAGGCUAGAACUGCUGUGAAACAAAAAAAGACGGGUGGUCUAAGCAAUCGCCAAAAGGAACAUAAAAAGAAGAUGCCUCUUUCUGCCAAAAGAGCAAAAGUAGCUCGCUCUAGGCAGGAGAAAAAACAGCGGCAAAGGCGGUCAGGCAAGCAGUUCCAGGGAAGGAAAGCAUGGAAGUGACAAAAUUUCAUAGCUUCCUAAAAUUUCAUGGCUUCGUAAAGUGACAAGAUUUCGUAAAAUUUUGACCCCAUGCAGUUUCUUCCAUUAGAAAAUUUCAUUUCAAAAGUUUUGAUUUCUGCUUAGAAUUUUGAUUUAUUUUCUUCUGUUGUGUAAAUCUUUAGCUGAUUUCAGAUGAGCUAUAUGUAAAUCAAAGCUGCCUUUUGUCUUAGUUGAAUGCUGUUGCAAGGAAAUAGAGCAACAGAUUUUAUUGAUUGUGUUUCAA